GCAUUGAAGCAAUGCGGUAGGACAAGCUCGGGUGUGGAAUUCUCUGACUAGCAAGUCCUCGCUGAAGCUCCGCGACAAGAUAAUCUCCCCUCCGCUACAGGAACGCUCUCCUCCUUCCCAAAUCCCUAUCAAUCGCUCGAUCGGUCCAGAAUUUCGACGUCGUCGUGUGGAAUGCCUUGCUGUUGGGGAAUCGUUCUCGAGCUCAUUUCGGCGAUGACUGAUGCUCGAAUGGUUUUUGACAGAAUGGAGCCGUUUGAGGAGAUUUCGUAGCGGAUGCUUUAAGGGACGGGACUAGACAUCCAUGCAAAGGCACUGCUCGGACAAGCUCGAAAGGACCUCGAUACUACAUGGAUGGUCGCAGGCUGUUCGAGAGGACUUCUGUCCACGAUGAUGUUGUGAUGUGGAACGUUGAGCAUGGUUUGAUCUGCUCGUCAGAUGCUAGAACGAUGCACUUGUCCCUCGGAAAAGAAGAAGGCAAGGGAAGACCCUCAAGCUCGAGAGCAAGCGGCGAAGCGUGGCUAUGGCUCGGACCUUUUCGUGGUAUGGAGCUUGAAAACCGCAGGAGAUGAAGGCCGUGGAACUACGAUGGUGCCGAACAAGUCGAAAGCCUGCGGGAGGCGGCGGAAGAGGAGGGCGAGGAUGUUGAUGGAAAUGUCGUUCUCGUUGAAGCAAGGAGUUGCCAUUCACUCAAAAGCCGAAGAGCAAGGGUUUCCUUUGGACCUCCUUGUGAUGAACGCGCGGUGGAAAUGUACUCGACCAUGGUGGAUGCAUGGUAACACUUUGAUGUUGGGCGUGACGGCCCGAUUCUGGAACUUUUGUGGCUGCUCUCAAUGCUUCUGCGAAUCUGGUAGCGCUGCAAAGUGAACGGAAACUUCACGGAGAAAUCUGUCGCUGUUCCAUGAGAUCGUUGCAAAUUCUCUGGUGGAUGUUUACGGCAAGUGUGGAAGCAUGUCUCAAGCUCACCAGGUAUUUGAUUCCAUUCCUAGACCGGAUACGCGUUCCUAGCAGGUUGAAGCACCGAGCUCGUGUUUUCUCAGUUUUAAAGGUUGGAAGACAAGGGCCGCCUCAAAACCAACGUGGUGAUCAGUACGAGAUCGAUCCAGUGCUCCAGAGCAUACCGGUUCUCUGGGCCGUGGGAAUCAGGUUGGAAGAAGCGAUGAAGAUCGUGGAGACGAUGCCGUUCUCACAAAAUGGAGGACAGUGGAGCAGCGAUCGAUUGACUUUGAUUAGCUGGAGUAACAAGGCAAGAUCUUGUGUUGAAUUUUGAUAAGAUCUUGUAUUCUUUGGUUGUGUUCUUAUUAACUUCACAGCUGUUACUGAGACAAGAAUGUCCCUGGAUAUAUGCUAUA